AUGAGGGGUGAUGACGGCUUGGAGAUAUCGGACAGUACAAAUAAAGCUGAGCACUUUUCUCAAAUUUUCCGAUCCGUUUUCACAAGAGAAGCAGACUUUGCCCCAUCUAAUUCUGAGAACAUGAGAGAUCCCACUAUCGAAAAUAUUGUGUUUCGAGAAGAAACGAUUUUGGAAGAACUGAAAAGCUUGAAGGAAUGUAAAUCUCCCGGUCCGGACGAGAUCCCAGCAAAGCUGCUCUUUGAGCUUGCCCAACAGCUGGCCAAGCCACUAUCCUUUCUGUGCCAGAAAUCGUUUGAUGCUGGAAUUCAUCCCACAGACUGGAAGACGGCCCACAUUACACCCCUUUACAAAAGCGGUAGUCGUGCUCUGGCGACAAACUACAGACCCGUCAGUCUGACAUCAAUCUGCUGCAAAGUGAUGGACAAAACCAUCAAAAAGGAGUUGAUGGCUUACUUUGAAACCCGCAACCUCUUGUCCAAUACACAAUAUGGUUUCCGUAGGGGAAGAUCAUGUGUUACGAACUUGCUAUACACAAUGCAAAGUUGGACACGAGCACUGGACGCAAAACACACCGUGCAUGUUGCCUAUAUUGAUUUCCGGAAGGCAUUUGACAGUGUUCCGCACCAGCGUCUCCUACACAAGUUGAGAAUUAUGGGCAUCGGUGGCAAACUUCUCAAAUGGAUCGAAAAUUUCCUUGUCGGCCGCUCCCAAAUUGUCUGCGUAGAACAACAGCAAUCAAGGUGCACAUUCAUAGAGAGUGGGGUCCCACAACGCUCGGUGCUCGGACCAACCCUCUUUCUCUUGUUCAUCAAUGAUUGUGGAGAUGGGUUGGACUGUGAUUGCGCCAUGUUUGCAGACGACAUAAAAAUCUGGAAAGUCAUCCAGAAUGCUGCCGAUGAGACCAACUUCCAAGAAAAUCUUUGUCGAUUGGACGAGUGGUCCCGCAGAUGGCUCUUGUCCUUCAAUUUGAACAAAUGCACCAUUCUGCGCCUCGGAAAUCAGACCCCUAGUACGCGGCAAUACCAUCUGAACGGAAUGCCACUCCGAGAAGCAGAAACUCAGAAAGAUCUCGGAGUUUGGGUUGCAGACAGCCUAAAGCCUUCUACACAAUGCUGUAAGGCGGCCAAGGCCGCAACCUCAAUGCUAUAUGCCAUCAAGCGGGCAUUCGUAGUUUUCGAUAAAGACUGCUUCACCAAAGUCUUCGGCACGUUUAUAAGGCCCCAUCUCGAAUAUGCAAUUCAGGCCUGGAGACCGUGGACGCAUCAGGAUUACGAUCUGCUCGAAAGGGUGCAGAGGCGAGCCACAAAAUUAGUAAGAGGUCAAAGUGCACUGCCAUACGAGAUCCGCUUAACUAACCUUAAUCUCUAUCGUCUGAGUUAUAGACAGUUGCGCGGAGACAUGAUACAAACUUUCCGUAUCGUGCGCGGCUUGGAUUGUGCCCUUCGGUGCGAUGACUUUUUCCAACUCGCCACUACAACUCACCUCCGGGGACAUCCCUUCAAGCUACGUGUGCCACAGGGUAGACUGAAUGUGAGAAAAUAUUUCUUCUCCAACCGUGUCGUGGAACCGUGGAAUAACCUGCCCGAGACGGUUCUUAUGUCUCAAUCUGUGGAGGCAUUUAAAUGUCGCCUUGACAAAUAUAUGCUGCAGGAACAAGCGGACUAUGUGACUUUUUAG